AUGGCUGAAGACUUUGAAAUCAACCUUGGUGAUGAGUUCGAGAGGCAGCUUACAUGCAUCAUGAACGCACACGUUUUCAAAAUCCCACCACUUCAGCAGUCUGAUGGUUACAGAUGCACUGGCUGGGAAGGAAAUCAGCUCUGGACAGGCCGCUGCCGUGUUCUUACAAAGGGAAAGUUCAGCCGUGUUGUUCUCGAUAAUCCAAACACAGGCGAAGUUUUCGCUGAGUGCCCACUUGACCAUCCAAACGCUGUAGAAAAGGUUUUAGACUCCUCCCGUUACUUCGUUCUUCGUGUCGUCAAGGGCACAAAGCACGCUUUCAUUGGCAUGGGCUUUGAUGAUAGAAACCAAGCUUUCGAUUUCAACGUUGCUCGCGAAGAAGCCGCUAACAAUAUGAAUAACUACGAUCAGCGCAAGACUCAGGCUCAGUCUGGCGCUCCAGCUGAAAUCAAAUCUUCCGGAACAGAUUACUCUCUUCAGGCUGGUCAGAAAAUCACAAUUAACAUUCCAGGCGGUGCUUCUACUCGCAAGAAGCGCACUGUUGGCAGCGGUGGCCUUCACCUUUAA